GCAAAGAGAUCUUGGCCAGCAGCAGCUAGCUAACUGGCGAUGUUUUCAUGUUGCAAGUCACAUUUACAACGUCGCCACCGUGCGCUUGCAAUCACUGACACGUAAUAAACAGACAGCUCAACAAAUUUGUCGCGGUAGGACGAUCGAUCAAUCGUGGACGGGAGUAAAUCUGGGCAUUGAAGAAAACGCAAAAGCAAACUGUGUAUUUGCUAAAAAGCAAAAAAAAAAAAAAAUAUACGACUGUUAAGAGGCUGAAAUCGCUACCAGAGAUUAGUGGUAGUGGCACCAUUGUUCUGUAAAUGGUCAUUGGAUAUAUUGUGGUUAAUAUAAGUGUCAUGUUACAAAAAAAAAACACAAAAUUAUAAAAAACAAAACUAUUAGGAUUUAAAAAAAUGGCUUUUAUAACAAGUGCGCGCGCUUUUAAAUAGCUAUCAUCGUAUGCACAACACUUUUAUUGCGACGAUGAUCAUCAUCAUCAACGGCAGGAGCAUAAAUAACGCGGCAAUCACCUAACAAAUUGUAAUGUGUUCUCCUCUCACUGCAUGAAGCCGAUAAAAGCCUGCAAAAAAAAAAAAAUCUAAAGUAAGAAAAAUUGAAUUUUAAAAAAAUCGCAAAAGGCAAUGAAAAUUAUGCAAAAUUUCAAAAUAAAAAUCUAUUGCCGAAAGGAAAACAAACUGUGCUUGUGUGUGUGUUUGCUAAAACUAAAGCGCGAAAUUGCAAUAGUUUUCCUUUGAAAAACAAAUUAAGGAAAAAUAAACCGCCAACUGUCUAUAAAAAGCAUAACAAAUUGAAAUUUACGAUUGUUGUUAUCGCAAUGAAGUAUGUAAUUAAGACAACUAUAGUUGCUGCUUUUAAAAAAAUCGUAAAUAUUUUAUUUUUGUUCGAACCAAUCCACAAAAAGUGAGUGGCUUUUGGAGCGGGAUAAAAAAAUGGCAAGAAAAUUGUAUAAAAAAUACCAAUUGGAACGGAGACAGAAAUGUUAUUUACAUGAAUAUCCAAAGUCAUUGAGGAAAAUGAAAAACUGAGCAAACAAACAAACGUCAGAGAGCAGUGAAUGCAAAAAAAAAAAAAGAACGGAAAAAGACCCAACGUAUUCUAUAUGAAAAGAAUUUGUGUUGAAUAUGACUUCAGCAAAACUGUCGAACGUCGAUGAUGAUGAUGGUGAUGACUCUUCAAUGACUGAAAUCAGGUCAAAAAGUGCGCCUUGCAAACUGAAGCCUUUGUGGCAAAUAUAGUGGCAGCAACUUUAUUUUCAUGCACCAAAGUCAUCUGUUUCCAUACAGCAAAAGAGAAGAGCAAGCAUGAAAUGAUCUUUGAAACCCAUUACAGGAAAAACUAAAAGAAAAAUUUGCAAUUUUACCGUGAAACGCUAAAAGAAAACUUAAACAAAUACCUAAAGAAGGCACUUCAAGACAAGCAAAUUGAAAGACGCAUGCAAACAUCAGCCAGGCAUUGCCACCUAAAGAAGCCAACAAGGGGCAAUAAACGCCAAGGGAAUUUCGCUUAGAAAACAGAAAACGCAUAAACAAAGUUGAAGAAAAAUCGUAAAUAUUUCGAAGUGAUUGCCAGCAUUUGGUGGCCAAACAAUAACAUCUAACUCCCCAACUACCCCCGUUUACUAUAUGGGACAGUUUGUGAGUGAACGGAUUUUGUGGCAUUUUGGUUUUGUUUGUUUGACUAUCUCUACACCGCCACAAAUAUGCGCACCUAUCAACGCGGUUUCUUUUGUUCCGACCUGAGCAUUAGAUAUCCAUACCACGAAUGCACCAUUACGGUGCCCAUGCUGCUUGUGUGCAUGCUGCUGCUGCCCAUGUUGUUCCUAGGCGUAGUGGAGAUCAUCCGUCUAUGCCACAAUUUCCGUUGGCGCCAAUACCUAAGAAAUGCCUGCUUUAGCUUGGCCUGCUUUAGCUUUGGCUUUAUAGCCACCUACCUAAGCACCGAACUGGCCAAGAAUGUGGUGCGCCGUCUAAGGCCACACUUCUAUAUGGCCUGCCGACCGCAGCUCAAUGAUGGCUCGACUUGCGACGACCCCAAAAAUCGCAAUUUAUUUGUGGAGCUCUACUAUUGUUCGAAUCGCGACUUAUCGGCGCGUCAAUUGCGCGAAUUGUACGUGUCAUUCCCCAGUGCCCAUUCGUCGCUGUCAUUCUAUGCCAUGCUGUUUUUGGCUUUUUAUCUGCACGCCAUCUGGCGGGGUGGCCGCGGCGUUAAUCGCGUCUUACGUCAUCUGCUGCAAUUUCUGUUUCUAUCGUUGGCCUGGUUUAUAUCGCUGAGUCGUGUGGCCGAUUACUGGCAUCAUUGGUCGGAUGUAAUGGCCGGUGCCAUAAUGGGUGUUAUCUAUGCCACACUUACCGCUGUCUAUGUGGGCAGAUUUCUAAGCUGCCAGUCAGCAGCAACGUCCUCGUCGGCCCUGGGACUUCAUGCCAAGCAGUCUUGUCUGCAUCAAGCAUCGCACAAGCUAAAGACUUCGCUAAAGCAACCCAUGCAACAUGUUGCAGCCACAGUAAGCUUUCAACCCAGCAGCCUCAUGAGUCAUGACUCGCCACAACAUCAGUUGCAGCAACAACAACAACAACGAACACAUCACCAACUACACCAUCAACAGCAAAUGCAAACGCAAAGGCAGCUUCUACAACAGCAGCACCAGCAACAACAACCACAGGCUUAUAGCGAUCAAACCUCUUCGACCACAUCAACCACAGCUUCAACAGCAGCCGUCUUGGAAGCUGUUACAGCGACGGCUCCCUCUCUGGUCGAAGAGGAGCUGGUUACAUUGACAUCGGUAAAAGAGCAUCUUAUAGCUUCUAACGAACGUAUAUGGAAAUCGGGAACAUAAUGUCGCCUGAAGGCAACAAACGCAGCACCCUAAAGAGGCGGCAGGCAUGUUGUCAUACAUUUCAUCGGUAGUGCUGUGAUAAUUGAAGAUAUUUUAAACUAGGCAACAAAAGAGAAGAAAACAAGAUGGAAAAUAAUAUUUGAGAAAAAAAAAAAACAACAAGCGUAAUGUCAUACGGAUUGAUUUACGUAUAUCAAAUUUGGCACAGUGGGAUGCAAUUUCAAAUAUGAAAAUUAAAAAUUAGUAAUUUUGGAGAAAUUGACAAAGUUGGAAAAAUUUGGACACUCGUUCUCUAAUAUAGAUUGCUAUAAGAAAUUC